UAGGUACUGAAUCUUAACCUCACUCUUCAGUAAACUUAACCCGUAACCACAGACGCGGAGUCAAUUUGACUCCUUGCAAGUACGUGGUGGGGAAUUUCUCGUUUUCUCCUCACUCUAUCUGACCAGGCGUAGACGUACCUUUUCAUCGAGUAGUAUUGAACUAGCGCCGAGACGGUUGCGUUGUUUGUGUACGUUAUUUACAUUUCAUUACGACUUGUAUUUUCGGCGGAGUCAAAAAGACUACAGGUUUUUAUGAUGGAUUUUGAUAGCACAGCUGGUCCGUCAAGGAGAGUUAGAUAUGGGGAUCCGGACUUCGAAGAAACUUUGCUGAAAUUGGCGGAUGAGGUCGAUAAAGACGACAGUGAUAUUGAUUCAGAUGCCGAAUUCAUUUACAGUGAUCAUGAGAGCGGAUCGGAACAAGAUAUGGACGCAGAUUGUGAAAGACUUUCUACUGAAGACGAUGAGACAUCGAUCGGCGCUUCUACAGGAAACUAUUUCUAUGGAAAAAACCGUUUCAAAUGAGUUUGCGUGGACUGUGCAAAAUGAAAAAAUAACUUGGUAAAACCUACUGCACGUUUCGAGAAUAUUACUUUCACGUUAAUUUAUAAUCAUUGUAAGUAUUCUGUUUUACGUUUUUAACGAGUUUUGUAUGAAAAGUAAUUCGCAUUUCAUUUUUUUUAUCCUAAAAAGGUGCCAAAGAUGUUAUUGUAAAUAUUCACGAAAAUUGUGUGC